AUGUCAUCUGUAUUCAACCUGUCACCGUCGAGCAGUACAUCGAAAAGGCAAGCGCAAAAGCACCCGACAACCGAAAGACCCUCUUCUAUACAUUCUACGUCGUCUUCUCACAAAAGUUCUGGCCAUUUCAACCGAAUAGCAUCCACUUGGUCAAUAUUCUCAUUGGAUCAGUUACCAUUUUACAGCCAUUCCGCAAAGAACAGUAAUGGGAAGAGUAAAAAAGGAACAAGAAGAUUAUCAAAUGCUAGUCAUAUCAGUCAAUUUAGUAUAAACAGCAGUAGCAGUCGUGCAACGAGCUAUGUGGAAGAUGAAGCAACAGCAAAAAAGCUCUCAAAGCAGAGGACCAAAGCUGCUGAAGUUGUCAAAGGCUUCAUGCGUGUAUUACUCUUAUGUUUAAAUGAUUGCUCCAAUGGUUUUUACAAAAUAUUUGACCAUAUUCAACGGCGUGUACCGUCUAUCGUAAAGCAGAAAAUCGCUGUGAGGGAUCUGACUCAAAAAGUGAACAUAGCCAUAGCAGAUAUAGAGGAUGUCAGAGAAAAUGUAAUAGAACUAGAGAGACAAAUCGAACCUUUCCGUAACAUGUAUCAAAUGAUUCAAGCAUCCAUCACCAUGGCAUCUGCUACAAAUACGAGAAAGAAACAAGUGGAUCAUUGA